AUGGCAAGGCCAGCCAAGCUGAAGGACCAGAGCCUGCUGCUGGGGCUGACGGACAGGCAUGCAGACGGUAAAGGUUCAGCCGAUUCCUACACCAGUCGCCCCUCAGACUCCGACGUGUCUGUGGAGGAGGACCAGGAGGCGGGUCGGCGUGACGCCGAACGCCAGGCCCAGCUGCAGGUGGAGAGAGCCAAGAUCAAACCGGUGGCGUUCGCGGUCAAGACAAAUGUGGGCUACUGCGGGGCGCUGGACGAAGAAUGCCCGGUUCAGGGAUUGGCAGUCAACUUCGAAACCAAAGACUUUCUGCACAUCAAAGAGAAGUUUAAUAAUGACUGGUGGAUCGGCAGGCUGGUGAAGGAGGGGGCCGACAUCGCCUUCAUCCCAAGCCCCCUCCGGCUGGAGGCCAUCAGGCUCAAACAGGAGCAGAAACAGCAGAGGGGUCAGUUUCUACUCAAGAAGAUGGGAGGGAACGCCGCAGGGGCGGGGGGGCGGAGGACCACACCCCCCUCUGCAGCCAAACAGAAGCAGAAACAGACUGAACAACUUCCUCCGUACGAUGUGGUCCCUUCCAUGCGGCCUGUGGUUCUGGUCGGACCGUCCCUCAAAGGCUACGAGGUGACAGACAUGAUGCAGAAAGCACUCUUUGACUUCCUGAAGCACAGGUUCGACGGCAGGAUUUCCAUCACGCGGGUAACAGCUGAUCUGUCUCUGGCCAAAAGAUCUGUCCUCAACAAGAGAGCCAUCCUGGAGAGGUCCAACACACGCUCCAGUCUGGCGGAGGUGCAGAGUGAGAUCGAGCGGAUAUUCGAGCUGGCCAAGACCCUGCAGCUGGUGGUGCUGGACGCCGACACGGUGAACCACCCAGCGCAGCUGUCCAAGACCUCACUGGCCCCCAUCAUCGUCUACGUCAAAGUGUCCUCGCCCAAGGUGCUGCAGAGGCUGGUUAAAUCCCGGGGGAAGUCCCAGAGUAAACACCUCAAUGUACAGAUGAUGGCAGGAGACAAGCUGGCCCAGUGCCCUCCUGACAUGUUCGAUGUUAUUCUGGAUGAAAACCAGCUGGAGGACGCCUGUGAACACCUGGCUGAAUACCUGGAAAUCUACUGGCGGGCUACGCACCUGCCCGGCUCCGCCCCCAUCAACCCCCUACUGGAGCCCAACCCAAUAACCCCGCCCUCGGCCAACUCCAGCCUUCAGUUUUCUGAGACGCAGGAGUUAAUCGAGUGACCACUCACAGCCCAGGACCCAACUGUCGCGUGU